CUCACUUUUAAAUUUAGGCCAUUUUGAGGUUAUCUAAUGCAUUUAGUUAUUCUACAUUCUAUCUUUAAUUAAAAAUAAAAUAAAAAACACAAUCUUAGAAUUGUUGCAGUAAAUAAAAAUAAUAAUAUAAUGGAUGCAUUAUCAACUGGGACGCUCAGUGGCGCGCAAAAAGAAGAAUUGAUGGAUCAAGUAAAACAACAGAUCGCCAUAGCGAACGCUCAAGAACUCUUAACAAAAAUGACUGAAAAAUGUUUCAAAAAGUGCAUCAAUAAGCCAGGUACUUCUUUGGAUAGCUCCGAACAGAAGUGCAUAGCUAUGUGUAUGGAUAGGUACAUGGAUUCAUGGAAUCUCGUAUCGAGGACAUACAGCAGUCGAAUUCAACGCGAGAGAAACAACAUGUAAGGCUGUAAACACUACUUCGGGAGUAAAAACUUUGAUGUAAAUAUAGACUGUAGUAGUUUCAUAAACUUUUGUCGAUGCCGCUGGUUUUGUUAAUGUGAAAAUAAAAGGAUUUUAAGUUGUUAA